AGCGCACAUGGGAAAAGUUAUAUGCGCUUUAUAUCGGAGCGUUGUAAGGAAAUUUUACUCAGUUUAACAUUUUUGCUGGCAGUUUCUGAAUCAUUGGAAACUUAAAAAAAAAACAUCAAGAUGGAAUUGCACCUAAUUUUCUCAGUGUUGUCGGUGAUGUCUUUUGGAUUUUUACACCCAGUGGCGCCGGCUACAUUCGCUAAGGAGCCAGCAGUCAGCACCAGACGCCUGGAGCACCACAGCAGGACGAAGCGAUGCUCCUGCGCAAGUUUCCUAGACAAGGAGUGCGUCUACUUCUGUCAUCUCGACAUCAUCUGGGUCAACACGCCAGAGCGCACCGUGUCUUACGGACUGGGAAGCGCUCCGAGGCAAAAGCGCUCAGCCGCCGCGUCUUCGGACCAGCGCAGGGCGGAGAAAGAGCGCUGCAAGUGCGCCAGUAGGGAAGACAGCAAGUGCGCAACUUUCUGCCACAGGGAAAGCCAGUCCGGGAACGUGCAUAGGGGCCCCCUUGCUUUGAGCUUGUCUACCAUUAAAUUUGAGAGGCACCCAGGACACUCCCAAAGAUUUAGGAGAUCAUGGCACCCAAGGAGGACAAAUACAAGGAUUAUUGCUAGGGGUCAGUGACAAUGGGGACCACCAGCGACUUGGGGUUCAUCGAUGGUCCCCUGCCUGCUGCUGCACUAUGGUCUCCUAGAGCGCCCCCUUUGGGUCGGGGAGAGAACUCUACCAACACGAGGCUGGCCAUCCCUUAUUUCUGUCAGAUGAGAAGUCCGUUUGUUCCUAGAAGACAGAAAUGCUGUUAGUCUGAGGCGGCAAGUCUGCAAAGCUGGACUGGACUAGAGAGGGUCAGCAGGGUGGAGAAACAGACCAUCCAGUCAGGAACAUGCAGCAAGUGCCAGACUCAACCACAAACACCAUGACUACCUCUCCUUAUCUUCCUGUUCCUCAGGAAUGUUGGUCUUUGGCCUCAGACUUGGACUUCCUGCUGGCCCUCUGUAGCUUCUGCUGUGCUGGGGAGAGGAACGGUGACUGUCUGACACCAAGAAAGAGCACAUGAACUCAUUAAACGAUGGUCCUAAGAAAUCCAAAACUUUGGAUCACCACCCAAGACAAAGGAGGUUUCCAACUAGAUUCUGUUUUGGUUUUUGACUGAGAAUGUUUUUUUUGUCAUUAUUGAAACAGAGGAUGAGUAUAAGUAUUUUUGCUCAGUAUUCUGAAAUAUACAGAAUCAUUUUAUUUACUGUGCAAGGCUUAGUGUAAGACAUCUGUUUUACCGUAGUGUAACCAUGUUUAUCCAUGUCAGGCAUGCAUUCUAUUUUGGCCACAUUGGUCAAUGAAAUUUUCUGUUUCAUUUCUUUGAAAUGACCGAUCGUGCAGAUGCCACUGAAACAGGCAGGACAAAUAUCAAAUAAAACUAUCGAGCUCUAAAAA